GUCAAUAAAUAGUGUCAUUUGUCGUUAAUGUCAUUUGUGUUGUGUUUUUGUUGAAAUUUGCAACCUUCAAGUAACACAAUAUUUAAUAUAUUAAUUUAAUUAGAGACGUUUAGUUAAAUGUAAAAUUAUUUUUAGUGAAUAGUUACAUUAUUGCCAGUUGAAAAGACAUUUUAACGUUUGCAUCUAUGUCACCUUGAGGAAGCUAUAAAAUUUUAUCAAAACAAUCUGUAUUUCCUGUGAAAGAUAUCCUGUUUCUCGAUGAACCACAAGUUUAAGUUUUUUUGUUAAAAUGUAUACGUAAUAUCGUGUGAACCUCCACAUUUGUAUUACACAUGCAAUUAGAAGUACAGGCCUAAAUAUUCAGUUAAAAUGUCUGAAGAAGGCUUGGACUGGUUACAGUCAAUAUUGUUAGAAGUUCAACUCACGCAAUUCUUGAUUCCUAUAAGAGAUGAUUUACAAAUUUCAAGGCUUGAACAUUUUGAUUUUGUUACACCUGAAGAUUUGGAAAAUAUAGGCCUCAGCAGACCAGGUGGCAGGAGGUUGUUAGAAGCCGUGAAGAAAAAAAGGGCUCAGCAGAAAAAACGAAAUUUAAUUAAUAAAUUUAUUCCUGUAUCUAGUAAAAACCACACAAACAAAAAACAUGAGGAGGUCAUUAUGACUGAUUUUACUUCUUGUUUAAUUCAAGAAAGCAAUAUAACUUUAUCUAUCAAACUUGGUGAUGGAAGUUUUGGAGUUGUAAGAAGAGGAGAAUGGAUAAGUCCAAAUGGAAAAUCAAUACCCGUUGCAGUAAAAGUUCUAAAGGCAGAUGCUUUAAGUCAACCAGGAAUCUUUGAAGAUUUUAUAAAAGAAGUUCAGGCAAUGCAUGUCCUCGGUCACCAAAACUUAAUUAGGUUAUAUGGAGUAGUACUUUCACAACCAAUGAUGAUGGUAACCGAACUUGCCCCAUUAGGCUCUCUUUUAGAUUUUUUGAGGAAACAAUGUGAACAUACUCCUGUACCAAUGCUCUGCGAGUAUGCCACACAAGUAGCUACAGGUAUGGCUUAUUUGGAAAGCAAACGGUUUCUUCAUAGAGAUUUGGCUUGCAGGAACGUUUUACUGGCCGCUGUAGAUAAAGUGAAAAUUGGGGAUUUUGGAUUGAUGCGUGCCCUUCCUCAAGAAGAAGAUUGUUAUGUUAUGACUGAACACAAAAAAGUUCCUUUUCCUUGGUGUGCUCCAGAAUCUUUAAGGUUUAGACAAUUCAGCCAUGCUUCAGAUACCUGGAUGUUUGGGGUCACUGUUUGGGAAAUGUUUACGUUUGGAGAAGAUCCUUGGAUGGGCUUAAUUGGUUCAGAAAUUCUCCGAAAAAUAGAAAAAGAAAACGAACGCUUAGCUCCACCGGAAGCCUGUCCACCAGCCAUUUACUCAAUUCUUCUCCGUUGUUGGGCAAAAGAUACCCAAGAACGUCCAACGUUCUCUUCUUUGAAAAGUUUCUUCCGUAAAAAUAUGACACCUGUAAUGAAAGCAGUCGGUAGGCAGGAUGAAGUAGGAAAAUUGAAAGUAGAAGAAGGCGAUGAAAUAGCCAUAAUUGAUGGUAGUGCGGAGCUGUACUGGUGGAAGGGUCAACAUCAGCAGACAUUUAAAAUUGGACUUUUUCCGAGAUGUUUGGUAGAUCCAAUGAGACCAAAGCAGGCUGAAGAUAUCAGCAAUCCUCUUCAACAUUCUUUUAUCCAUACUGGUCAUGGAUCAGCAUUUGGAGAAUCUUGGGGCAGCCCAUCUUACAUUGAUGAAAUGUAUUUAAAGAAUCCCAUGGAGCCACCAGAUGUAAUGGGUUUACAAAGACAGUCAAAGCCAUUACCUGAAAUCUGUGAUAGAAGAAAAUCUCCCAAACCUAGUAUAAAUGGUUCCUUACGAAGGCCGUCAGAAAAACAAUUCAAUUACAAAAAAUUGACAAAUCAAGAUAGUUUUAAGAUAAAAAACAAGCCACAAAGACCGCCUGUUCCAAAAAUUGAUCCAUCAAAUGAAGGUGUUCUAGUUGAUAUAUCUCCUGAAGAUAUGCCAGUGUUAAGAAUGAAAGACAUAGUUGGCAGUAGACCAGAAUCUAGAGCUGUUUCUCUCUUGGAUGAACCAAUUGAUGUGCCACAGGAAGAUUGUAACUCUUGGACAUCAGACGCCCCAAAUAUUCCAGAAGCAGGACCUCCUCCCUACAAUUUUCCGCCAUCAUAUUCAAAUUCUUCUGCUUUCGUUACUUCUGAACCAGCAAGUGACCCUUUCGAUACUACAAAUGUAUUCAAACAAGAAAACCCCCAAAAACCUCUCUCCCCGACUGUUUCGCCGUCUACCAGCUCUCUAACGAAUUCUGCUUCAACUCCAACAAGCACUUUUUUAAACAAAAUUACCCAAAAUCUAUUCGAAACGAGCCCCACCAAAAACCAAAGCUCUCAAAGAGCCUCUUUUGUUCAGGGCGAUAUCUCCAAUAGAGGUCUGAAUUAUUUUAAAGCAAAUAUAUUCGAUAAAGAGACUAACAUUGCAAUAUCUAAGCAGGUGUCAAUUGCUCAAAAAAAUUUAGCCAUACCUUUUAACAAGACUGAAAAUGAUCUGGCGAAUGGAAUAACAUCUCUUAAGUUGAAUUCGCCUGAAAAGUUGGAGAAUGAUAAAAAGUUUUUGUCCGAGUUAGAAAAAUGCUUAUUAGGAAAGGAUAGUGAGAUACCUAUUCUAGAUCCACCCCAGCCAGUCAAAAAGAGGAAUAACGGUGUGGUAGACACCUUUCCAAAAGUACAAAAUCAAACGUAUUCGAAUUUAGGAAAAAUCUACUCAAAGACGAUGAAUAGUUCUCAAAAAAAUGACACGAACUCUGUGAUAAACAAUAUUUGGUUCGAGACAACCGCUAUUGGAAACCAAAAAGAUAACAAUAAAAAUAGUCAGAUAGAUAACCAAAACAAAAAUGAAAGUUACUCAACAACGUUAGAAUUUGAUCCAUAUAGGUCACCAAGAAGAUAUGAUCCAGUUUACUGUUCUUCAAAUUCUAUUUUUGGAGAAAACAACCAUUAUGACAUGACCACUGAUAAUUCUCAUUCUACAAAUGUUGAUCCACUUCAAAAUUUAUACAAUCCCCUCCCUCAAACUAUUUACAAUAACAUCACACCCUCAACACAUUCAACUAACUCUAGUCCUCUCUACAAUAAAACAAACCGUUACAAUUCUGUGGCUUCUGAUAGAGAUUCGUCUUACUCUUCUACACAGUUACACAAUAAUCAAUCGUCGAGUUAUGGAUACAGCAGUGUAGCCGGAAGUAUAUGUGGUGGCGUUUCUGGAACACAAUACAGUGAAGUAGCUGGAGACGUUCUCUAUCAUGAAAUACCUAAAAAUGUUUACAGUGACGUCACGAAUGAUGAUAUUUUGAAACCUCACAGGCCUGCACCUACGAAACCGGGAUUGAUGCAGCCUUUGAGUAUGCAGCAAAUACAGAGAAAAAUCCAGCAAGGCACGUUGAGUGCAGAUGCAGAAAGAUUAAUGACACCAGAAUAUCGAAGUAACAAAAUAAGUCAAGUAAGGGAUUGUAUACCUGAUGUUGAUAUAGAAGAAUGUUUUGCAGUACUGCAAUCGACUGGCUGGGAUGUUGCGUUUUCUGUAAAGACGUUAAAAAUAAAUAAAUUAUUAAGAUUAGGUGUAGCGGAUCAUUCACGAUGCGAGGCAGCUUUGCAACAAACAAACUGGAAUGUUGAAUUGGCAGCUUCUUCAAUCCUAGAUUCUUAAAAUGUACCAUUAAACUCAAACCUUUCUAAAGACAUUUACUAAUUAACUUUUUUUUUUCUCUGCGAUCCUCAUUUAAAUUCUACUGUGUCAAGUAAAACAAUAAUGCUGCUUCUAAUUAGAAUAUUAAACGUGCCAAAGGAAAUAUCUAGUUGAAAUUAAUUAGUUCAAUUAAAACAAUGAGAUUUUCAAAAAACUUGGAACAUAAGAGACCUAUUUCUAAAUUAAUCUGAUUCUAGCUCUGAUUGAGUAGGUUUAUUUUAUGAAAUAUUUUUACAGAAUUUGACAGAUGAUAUUUAUUUAAACAAGCUCCUACUGUAAUUCUAUCUACCUCACCGUAUGAUUCUUUGAAAAUAGGCUCAAUUUAUAAAUACAUGGAGAGUCAAAAUCGAUGGCAAUUAAAAUUUUAAAACAGUUUAGAAUCCAAAAUUUUAAAUUUUUUCACAUUUAUAUCAGAUAUGUCAAACAAUAUUUUCAAUAUGGUCCAUUUUAGGGUUAUCAUGUAUAUCAAAAAUAAUGUUUGCCGUGUUGUCCUCACCUGUAAGUCAAAUGACACCAUCAAUCAUCUUUAAGUCACCCUGGAGCGCCACUGUAAAUAAUAAUAAUAAUAAUUCUGUCCCUUCUCCAAACAAGUUGUCUGCUUCUGGGGUUGAAAUUCACUCGUAAAAGGGUAAAUUAGGGAGACUAUUAUUAUUUAUUAUACCAAAUAGUACAAAAACGUUCCGUUACAAAGUAGCUCUGACUAUGCCCAAAAUGUACUCAGCUCUUCAGGGUCCCCUAACUAUCGAAAUUGGCUCGAUAUUUUGGCCUCUAUCCUGCUAACAAAAAACGUCACACGUACAUUCGAUAAUUUUUUAAAAACAUGUUUUUUUAAGUUCCCUAGGACCUUAAAACAUAAAGGUAUGGUGUAAUCUCAAAUUAGAAUUUUGGAGUAAUAAGUGAUUGCAGUGGGUUGGUAGGGAGGUUACAAUACUCAUAAUAUAAUCCAAUUUUUAUUUGUUUCCAAGUUAUAGCAUAAUAAGAUAAAAAUACAUACUUUUAAACUAGGGUAUCUCUGAUUUCGAAGCCGUUGAUGAUAUUGUUCAACAGCAUUUCAUUGCAAAAACCAUAAACAAACAUCAUUUUUGCAUAUUCUAAAAUUUUGUGACACUAAUCGUACAAACUAGAUAAUACAUUUUCAAUUACUGCCGCAAUUCAGACAUUUUGUAAAAACGGCGUUUUUAAAUAGUCUUACUUGAAAACAAGCAAAAAUUCAAGUAGAAUGUGAAAUAUAAAAAAUUAAUUAUGUUAUAACUUGAAAACAAAUUAAAUUAGAUAAGAACAUGAGUUUUUUUUCAUAUGUAGUUGUAUCGUUCCUUCCGACCCGACCUGUAUAUCCCAAAAUAUCAAUCCGGUUGCCGACUUUCACAUUUCUGUUAAAUAAUUAUAUAUUUGAUUCUAUACUAUAUUGGAUAACUCAAUUAUACUAAAAAAUACCCUAAAAAUUUGGUGGCCAACUUUUACAUUUUCGGUUAAUUAUAUCUUUAAAUAAUUCAGAUCAAAGUUUAGGGUUUUGGGGUGGUUUAUUACAACUCUAUUAUUAGUUUAAAAAAAAUUUUAAAUCAAAAAAAUUAAAAUUAAGUAAAAAUAUAAUCUAUCCGAAAUGUUAAAAUUGGACACUGGAUUGAUUUUUGGGGUAUAUGUGCGAUUAAUAUGAGGAGACGGAUCAGAGAGCAAUGUUAUUUUGUUGUAGACGGUCUGGAGUGAAUUAAGAAUUAAAUCAAUGAUUAACGAUUUAGUGAAAGGUCUAUUGACUCUGGAUUACCUCGGAUGUUGAGAAAUUUUGUCGUCGAAACAAGACUGUGAGUUCACUGGCUUUGCCUUUCUUACGGAACCUCAAAAAUCCCAGAAUAGUAUUCCGUACAAAAAUUAGAAAUUAAUUUCCUCGCGCUAUGAAAUUCUAAUCUCUGAAUUGAGAAAUUUAGUCGUUGAAACAAGACUGUGAGCACACUGGCCUUGCUUCUCUUACGAAACUUCAGAAAUCCCAAAACGGUACUCAAUGCAAAAAUAGGAAAAAUUUAUUUCUUUUCUAAAAUCAGAUACGGUAGUCAUUGACCAGAAAAAAACAAAUAAAAUUCGACAACUUUGAAUAUUUUAUACACUUGGUCUCAAACGGUGAAGAAACGGAAUACAAAACUCUGUAACUGUUUUAAUUUAUGUCACGAUAACUAUCGUCACCAAAAAAGAAAGAAUUCGCUAGGGUCUCGGUUUUAUACUUUACGAUCGAACUGGUUCGGAUUACCAGUGGUUUAGAGUAGGAACUACUAUCUCCAGAUUAACGUUGUUUACUUGUUUAGAGAACAAAAAAUCGUCCUUUUGACAUCUGCUGAAUAUGCCUAGAUAAUUUACAUGAAUUUGGGCAUUUUAAAGCUUAAUUCGAAUUUUGAUAAAUAAUGGCAUAUUUUGAACUACGGGGUUUCUCGCAAAAUUUUUAAAUUUUUAAGAAAUAAAAAUUUAGGGGGUUCUUGCAAAUGUUAACAGGCGAAAAUCAGCUUGAACUAAAUAUUAUUAUCAUUAAACGAUAGGAAAAUAUAGUGACCUCGUCACACUAUAUCUAAAAAAUCAUCUGGUGAGGUAGAUGCAAUUACAUACCAACAAGGACACGUUCCAAAACUUGCACGACGCCGAAAGUUGGGAUUCACUUGUGUCAAGUGUCUUUUUAUUACAUUUUUUUUCUCCGGUGUACUUUAAUAUGUUAACAUUUUCUUACACGAAAUAUAAAGUUAACUAUUUUAAAAUAUUUAGUAUUUCUUUAUAAUAAGUCCUCAUUACUUUUGGUGUCCUGUGUGAUUUGGUCCAAAGACCACAUAAAGUAAUAUCAAUUAAUGUAUAAUUAAUUGCCAGAGCUAUAAUAUUGGAUUCUGCUCAGAGAUUUUGCUAGAAACGAAAGUCUUUAACGAAGUAAUAUUAAAAUGAAACAUACCAACCCAAUUUUCCGUUGUCGUGUCAAUAAGUGUCAGUAAGUGAAGAAAAUUCAACUAUUGGCUACCGUUAAAAAGUUGAUUUACUUCAACCAAGGUUUUGGAACGAGAUUUAUAAAUAACUCAGUUAACUUCAUUGAAGAUAUUUGAAUGACAUGAACUCGCUCUAGAGUUUAACUAACGGAUAAUCUGUGGUAAAAAAAAUAUCUGUCAAAUUCUGGGAUAAUCUUAAAAUCUUUUUUUAUGAAUUAGAAUAUACUUUUUAUUUUAAACCUAGUUUUAAGAAAAUGAACUCGUAAAAAUAAAGUAAAAAAUAACCAAAGAAUUCUCUUAAUCUUUAUCUCAAAAUGGUUCUUAAAAUAGUGAAGUUGAAGUGUCACAUAUAACGCCAUUUAAAAACAAGUGUAACCUAAAAUGUAAGUUUAAGAUUUUAACUAUGUAAUAAUAUGAUAAUAACAUGGUUAAAAAAAGUAAUAUAAUCUGAAAUAUUUUUGUUUUUUUUUAUAACAAAAUAAAAACAUCACUUAAGUUCAAUACCGUUCUUAAUAUUAUUCCAUUAGUGAUAACGAACUGUUUAUUUUUACCUUUGCUAAUAACGAUUAAUAUAUAGGGUUGGGCAUACUGUUGUUACAGAACACUUAAUUUGAUGCUAAACUAAAAGUUAUAUUUAAAAAUUGUUUUGGUAAAAGUUUUUGUAGAUUUACUGUACUAGUGAAUGAUACUAAUUUUAAGUAGCUAUCGUAUGAAAAUAUGAAUCUAGACUUUUUAAAUAGCCCAGUAUUUAUAUAUGUGAAGGGUAUUUUGCUUACAAUUUGAGAACUAUGAAAUAAAAGAAAAUGAAAUGAUACAAAACGUUUAUUCCUACUUAAGAUCUAAUUUAUGUAAAUCUUAUAAUAAAACCGUUAGGCAUUGAUCUUUAAUAACAUAUAUCAUUUUAUUAGUUGAACAAACAGGUAUCAUUUAUAUUAAAAGUAUUGACUGCGUCAUAUUUCCAAUAUUAUGAACUACAGACUGCGCAUUUUUGAAAAUUAUCAUAGAUACUGAAAAUGCAAUGCUCACAAAAAUUUUACGGAAACAAUUUUUGUUCAUUUAGCUUUAGAUAGAAAUUAGAUGCUCAACUCUAUAUAGUAGGGACAACAAAAUUGCUACACAUUCAGGCAUGUUACAGGGCCUUAUAAAAAUUCCAAUGUAUCAGAGAAGAAGUUCCAAAUGUUCAAUAAUAAUGACAAAAUGAAGUUACCCUUUAUUGUAAUGCAAUUUUGAAAGUCUUGUAUUGAAGUGUCCCAAGAUAAAAAUGUGACCUGAAAAUAAGGCAAUAGAAAAUUAAAAUUCAAAAAUAUGUCAUUUUGUAUUAUGCCAUGAUGUGAUUUAAAACAUAUAUUGAGUAUAUUUUACAAUUAAAUAGAAUUAAAUAGUUGUAGUCAUGUGUUAUACAUUUGAAAUAGUUCAAAUGUGUCUUCUCAUUGUACAUUACUUAAUGUAAAAAAUUAUUUAAAUA